AUGUCGCCCGAAUUCAUCCGCCAGGCGCUAGCAGCAGGAAAGCAUGUCCUCUCCGAAAAGCCAAUUGCCAAAGACCUGGCCACGGCGCAGGACCUGAUCGCCUGGUACGAGGCCAACGUCGACCACACGAAGGUGCUGUGGGCCGUGGCCGAGAACUUCCGCUACGUGAGCAAAUAUGUCCGCGCCGCCGAGGAAGUGCGCAAGCUGGGCGGAGUCAAGAACUUCCGCGUCAACGUGCGCAAUUUGAUCAAGACGGACUCCAAGUACUACAGUAGGUUCUUUUCGCCGGACUGUCUCACGCGUGUUUGA